GANUCCAGCCUCCUAUAGACCGGCGGAAGUCUAUCCUUAUAUGUCGUAUACCGUAGAAUUCAUGGACUGGUUUAUAGCCUUGCCAUGUCCGCAGCCAAUUGCGUACUCAGAAAUAUACGCGGUGAUAGUCACAACUCAAGUUAUUGGCAUUUUAAUGAUUCUGGAUUUGCUCUUCUCCAUGCUGGAAACUUUUAUGAAGCACACAUUCUAUAAACGUUCAGCUGAGUUCAACUUGGCCAAUAUUUUGAUUAAUGUAAAUAUUAUGCGUGGCAUUUUCGGGCUCUCCUUCUUAAUAAGGCGUCGUCCAAUACUUUCGUUGAAGAUGCUUUACAUUUGGCUGUUUCUACUUGGUCUGUUUGUUAACAACAUGUACUCAGCUUACUUUCAAACUUUGUUCACAAGUCCGCCACUUGAGCAGAAGAUACUCUCAUUCGAUGAUAUGCGACGGACAAACUUAAAAGUCAUGUUUAGUCGCGAAGAAAUUGGAGUUAUCAAAGAUGCACUUGGCUCUGAGUUCGACAGCGUAUUCCAGGAUAUUUUGCAGCUGGAAGAUAGUGAAAUAUAUUAUCGUCGUCGUGCGGAGUAUGACACAACAUAUGCCUAUUCUAUGCCGGCAUUCCUUUGGCCUAUUUUCGAGCAGCAACAGCGAACAUUUAAGCGUAAAAUAUAUUGUUUGGCUCCAACUUUAAAAUUUUUGGACCAUUUAUUGAUGAGCAUACCUGUGGCAGAGAAUUCGCAUUUGACGGAGCCGUUGAAUUCGCUGAUCAUGCGUACAAUGGAAACUGGCCUGCUAGACCACUGGCACACAAUGACGUUCGUGAAUUUGUGGGCAACAGGCAAGCUGUCGCUGAAGGACAAUAGCAGCAUCGAACAGUUUCAUAAUAUUCGAGUGGAAGAUUUUAAGUUUCCAUGGUAUUUACUGUUCUGUGGAUUGGGC